UUGUAUAUUUGAAUAAAAAUGGUUUCUUUAAAAGGGUUGUUGUUGUUUUCUGCUAGCAUUGUGUGUUUUCUCAGUUUUUCGUCAUUGGGUUUUGCUUCUUUUACCCCAAUAGACUGUUUCUUGAUUAGCUGUGGUGGAAAUAAAUCUAUACAAGUUGAAGAUGGAAGGGUUUUUGAAUCUGAUUUUGGGGAUUCUGAUGUGGUGUUGUCUACAAAUUCACUUAUAACAGUGUCAAAUAAUGAAAAUGGUUUGUUGUCUGAACUUCAUAAUUCUGCUAGAUUGUUUACUAAAAGUUCAGUGUAUUCUAUUAGUACAAAGCAGAUUGGUAGACAUUGGUUAAGGUUGCAUUUUUAUCCUGUUAAGAAUAAUGAGCACAACCUAAAAUCAGCUGUUUUUUCUGUUGUGGCUAAUGGGAUUACAUUGCUUCAUGAGUUUUCCUUUUCAAGAUUGGGGAAAAAGGAACCUUUGUUGAAGGAAUACGUAAUCGAAAUAGGUGGAUCGAGUAGUUCGGGUGAUUUAGUACUUACAUUAUCUCCAGUUAGUGGCUCAGUUGCAUUUAUCAAUGGGAUAGAGGUGGUCUCUAUGCCUGAGGGUCAGUUUGAUUUCAGUGCUGUCCCAAUUCCGAGGGGGCCAGGUUUUGUUGUUCCGUCCUCGGUUGCUUUAGAGACAGCUUAUAGAGUGAAUAUGGGAGGUCCAAAAUUGACUCCAAGAAAUGACACUUUGUGGAGGAUGUGGAAUUCAGAUCAUACAUUUCUUGUUAAUCCUGCUAGUGCUCAGAAGGUCAGUACAGAUCCAAAAUCAGUCAAGUAUCCAGCGGGUGAGUCGGUUGAUAUUGCACCGAAUUGGGUGUAUGCCACUGCACAAGAAAUGGCAGAUGCCAAAGUAAUAGAUCAAAAGUUCAACAUUACAUGGACGUUUCCAGUCGAAGAUGGAUUUAUUUACUUCGUUAGGAUGCAUUUCUGUGAUUUUGUUAGUCUCUCUCUUAACAAUUUGAUCUUCGAUGUGUACAUCAAUAACCAAACUGCUGUGGAAUCAUUGGAUAUCUCAACAAAGACAAUGGCUUUGUCAGCUGCUUACUUUGUGGAUUUUGUAGUGAAUAUGUCAACGGGCUCGAAUAAACUUUUCGUUCAAGUUGGUCCUUCUAAUUUGAGGAUUACUCCAGCCAAUGCUAUUCUAAAUGGUUUGGAGAUAAUGAAAAUGAGCAAUCCCAGUAGCAGCCUCGAUGGAAAAUUUGUCGGAUAUUCCAGCGAUUCCGAAAGAUCAAAUACUAAGAGACAUGUAAUGCUAAUAGUUUUUGCUAGCUUAGGAAGUUUAGCAGGUUUAUUGCUCAUUGCAGCGUCCUGUUUUCUCUGUUUCGUUUGUUUCCAUAAGCCAAAGAUGGUGAAACAAAAAUCUUUAUCAUGGUUAUCUUUUCCAAAUCAUAUUGGAAUUUCAGAAACUAAAAUCUCAGCAGGUAGUUUUGCUUCAACAACACCUUCACGGACGUUGGGGCGUAUCUUCGCAUUCUCUGAGAUUCGUGAAGCUACGAAGGACUUUGAUGAGAGCUUGGUCAUUGGUGUUGGUGGCUUUGGCAAAGUUUAUAAAGGAGUGCUAGAAAAUGGGGUAAUGGUUGCUGUAAAGAGGGGAAAUAGCAAGUCUCAACAAGGACUUGUCGAAUUCAGGACAGAAAUCGAGAUGUUAUCUAAGCUACGCCACAGACACCUGGUUUCUUUAAUUGGCUACUGUGAGGAGCUAAAUGAGAUGAUCCUUGUAUAUGAAUUCAUGGCAGGCGGACCGCUCAGAAAGCACUUAUACGGAUCAGAUUUUCCUCAUCUUUCUUGGAAACAAAGACUAGAAAUUUGCAUUGGAGCUGCGAAAGGAUUGCAUUAUCUUCACACUGGUGCAGCUGAGUGCAUCAUCCACCGUGAUGUCAAGACUACCAACAUUUUAUUGGAUGAGAAUCUCACAGCAAAAGUGGCUGAUUUUGGUUUAUCAAAAUUUGGCCCCGCGUUGGAUCAAACUCAUGUAAGCACAGCCGUGAAGGGAAGUUUUGGUUACCUCGAUCCAGAGUAUUAUCGUAGACAGCAACUGACAGAGAAGUCUGAUGUCUAUUCAUUUGGAGUAGUACUCAUGGAAGUCCUAUGUGCACGGUCAGCAAUCAAUCCUUCACUCCCACGAGAACAAGUAAACAUAGCCGAGUGGGCAAUGCAUUGGCAAAAGAAGGGACAAUUGGAGCACAUAAUCGAUCCUUAUCUUGCAGGAAAAGUGAGCAUUGAUUCACUCAGGAAAUAUGGUGAAACCGCGGAGAAGUGUUUGGCUGAGUAUGGUGUUGAAAGACCAUCGAUGGGGGACGUUCUUUGGAAUCUUGAAUACGUUCUUAACUUGCAAGCUGCUGCCAGACAAUCUUUAGAAGAUGAAAAUAGCAAUGCCAUACCAGAUAUACCUUACUCGAUUCCCCGUGUUGAGUCGGGAGAGGCUGAUGAAAUCGACAUUGUUAGCCAUGGUGAAUCAGAUGUAACAACUUCAUCUGGAGUGUUCUCUCAGAUAAUGAAUCCAAAAGGAAGGUAAAGAAGAAGCU